AUGUCUCAACGUCAGCUUUCGCGUACGCUGCCCAAGAACUUCACCUUCCCAUCACUGUAUGACGAGCCCAAGACUCCCGAGCGCCCAUCUGUCCGUGUCGAAGUUCCGCCACCACCGCGUCACUCGUUCUCCAGCUGCCGACUACCCCGAAACCGCGUCCGCUCUGGUACUGAUGUCUGUGCUCGCAUGGACCUGGACCUGUUCCAGUUCCAAGGGUUACCAGAUGUGCCAUUGCCCUCGAUUGAAGUGGUGCCUCAUGUGAACAGCGAGUCACCCAGUCCGGAAGAGAACAACAGCAAUGACGACCGGUAUCUUGCGCCGCCGCGCACCCGCAUGGAAUUCAAGACUCCCCCAGCUCAAAUUCUUGGAGCUCCGCACGACUCUGAGCCUACCAAUCCAUGGAUCUCACGGGGACUUGAGUCCCAUGGGCUCGCGCCCGAGCUCUCUAUUGAUACAUUAUCGUCUCGCUAUUCAGUUGGCGGGAGCUGCACCAGUGUGGAGACUGAUCUGUGCGAUUCCAAUUUCCCUCUGGAGUUCCCUAAGGAGCCCGAGAUGUCUUCCCCGACUCUUCCCAAGAAGCAGAAGGUUAAGCGGGCUUCAACUAAGGAAAAGUCGUGGACUCGCGAGAUGGACAAUCACCUGUGGAACACUUACCAGCUGUACCUUCAAGAUCCAACCCUGACACCGUUCAAGAUGACCCCGGGAUGUAUUCCUCCUCUGGGAGUCACUUCCCGAGUCGCGCGCCGCGCUGCAAAGACCUGGGCGAAUAAAAACACCCGCAUUACCCAGACUCGUCAGACUCAAGCCGCCGACCGCAGUGGAAGCUCUACCCCUAAGGCCGUCGCCGAUAAGGCCGGGCCUGUGUGGCCCAAGUCCGACUCGAAGACUCGCAAGCAUCUCAAGCUGCUGUGUCGCCGCAAAUUCUCCAUCGUGCCUCAUUACCAGCGCAUGAUGCAGUCUCGUACGCCUGAGCCGCCUACCAACAUGCCCCGAUGGAAGGAACCCCAGGAGACUUUUACGACCCGCGAUCUCGGAAUCUCGCUGGUCUCCUCCGGUCAAAACCCCUCUUUGGCUCAGCUUUGCGAGGAGCCGGUAUCUGCUCCCAGUGAGCCCAAGCCUGAAUGGUUCAACCAACCCGUGCAGAAUCCUCUUGUACCUCAACCCAACCUGGCUCAGUCUCAGCCGUCGAACCAGUUCCUCAAUUCCCUCGCCUCGGAUCGCCCUUUGUGUACAAUACAUGGGGGGCCUGGGGAAGCAAGCCAAACCCCUAAGGACCGCCCUACUGCUAUUCGCCGCGAAACUAUCCAUGUCCCCGGCCGUCGCUUACGCCGUGCUCCCUACUUCAACAUGACACCUGCUGAUCAUGAUAAUGUAUUCUCAUCAAGUCCCGCCUAUGGCUACAAGGAUCCCUCCGAGGAGGAAGUGCACCAUCGUCUGAACCACUACAUCCGCGAUCAGAAGUUCCAGGAUAUCGGGCAUGGACGCGUCCGCAUUCGCAGCCGGGGUGCUACCACUAGUGGAGCUGUUGGUCCCCGGGAUGUGAACCAGCUAUUCUCACCUCCUUCCUCUCUGAAUUCUUCGCAAUUGGAGUCUGAGGAUACCACCCCUGUCUCCAAGACGCCCAUGCGACACCCAUUCCCUAGUCUUGGUGAGAACAUCAAGCGAUUGGGUUCGCCUUUCAAGGUUGAAGGUGGUUUCAAGCGUCGCGAGGGACCAGGCCGCAUGAUCCGCCAUGCGCCUUCUUUGUCGGACCCCUUCUCCCAGGGCAUCCCGUCCUACCCGGGGCCAGCGGAGAACCCUUCUCCUAUCUUGGAGCAAACGAAAGCCUCAGAGUCUUUGCCAACUCUGAUGAACCCCUUCGAAGAGGGUCUCUCUGAUGCUGAGCGCAUUCGUCGACAAAUCCUCAACAUGUCAUCUACGCGCCAUUAG